GGUGCUGUCAGCCGUUAUCCUUACCCAAAGCAAGUCUGGUCCCCCGCUGGUGGUUGGUGGGCACAGCCUAAGACAUGGAAGUCCAACACUGCAAUUGCUGCCCUUGGCAUGAUCGUUACCCUCGGUGCCGUCUGGAGUGUCUCUGCUGAGAAGGAGGUAUGUUGUAUAAAUACAACAGUAUUUGUGCAUACAUAA